CGCCUACGGAAAAACACAAGAUAUUCUUUAACCACUAAAAACUUGAUACUAGAUUCGAGGACUGAUGGAUCCUGGCGCACGCAGCAUUCAGACGCAAUUUCUGCUCGUCUACAACUUACCACGCGUAAAUGUGUUUCAGGUCCUGGAUGUGAAGCAGUUUCCUGUGUGCUGAAGACACCUAGACCCUGAAGAGAAGGUUGAGUAAGAGAAGAGGAGGAGUUGUGAAAAGAAAUGAAAUGGUAUAAAAUAAGGUGAGACAGAUCAAAGAGGACACUUUACUGAGGACAGAUUGAAGACGAAAGUGGAAGAACUGCAAUGUGGAAAUCAGGAUUUAUUAACGUUCUGUUGAUGACUCUUCUUUUUGGGAGUGGCAACUCCUUAAGAAUGGAGAGAGGUUUUGCUGUUGGCCGUACAGAUGUCACUAAGUGCUGCGAUAUGCCUAAAGCAUGUGAUGUGGAUGGCUUCACUGAUUGGUUCAAAGUGGGCCACUACUGUGUCAAAUUCUUCAACACCUCUGCCAACUUCACUGAUGCGGAGUUCAGCUGUAUGAAAAUUGUCCCUGGUGGACACCUGGUGUCAGUGCAUAAUGAAGAAGAUAAUGAGCACUUGAAAAAUAUUAGCUCAAAAGACCUGCGCGUCUGGCUUGGAGGCUUUCGACUAUUUCGGACUGGUAAAUUUCGAUGGACUGAUGGUUCCUACUGGGAUUAUGAAAGCUGGGUCCCUGGUGAGCCCAAACAGGAGGAAUGUGUGGAGAUGAACUGGAAUGGGCAUGGCAAGUGGAAUGACGACCAUUGUUCUGUCGGGAAAAACUACUUCUGCGCCUUCAAACUAAAUGCCGUCUAGGAAAUAGACCUGCAGUAGAUGGAGGAGUUUCAUCACAGGAGUAUCAUCUUAUGAAAAUUAUUUUCUCUGCAUCAAAAAAUAAAUAAAAACAAUAACUUUAAAUGAUAAUAAAUAACUUUUGCAAUCAAAA